AUUGCAACUUUUUAAAUAGAUACUGCUCUGACCGAAUCUCGGGGAUCCCAAGGAUUUUUAACUUUACAACUCGUUUGACCUCAGGUGUCUUCUUUGUCUUGUGCAAACAGUCUCUCCUCAAAAAUAAACCACUGCAGCGCGCCUACGAGAAGCCAGAAAAAGCAACCAGCAUCGUCUUCGAAUUUCGAUACACGUUAGGUAUACUUUUUGGCGUUUUGCCAAACCUUGGGGUUCUGAGGUGCUUUCACUAGUAGACCUCUGGUUAUGGUCUUUGUCACGAACCCUUAUAAUCUUCCACAUCAUUCAACAUGACCAGCAUCGCAUGGGAGUGCCGUGAUCAGGCCGAUCAGGCCGAGAUCUACUACAAUCAUCCCCUUCGCAACAAGGUUCGUCGUCUUGAGGAUGAGAAUAUGACCUUGAAGCGUCUCCUCCGCGAGAAUGGCAUAUCGUGGCAAACUCGUCCCAAGUCAGUGAGCGCAAGAGCUUCUGCUGGGCGAAUUACCCGUGCUUCUACCAGGGCCGUUCGUCCACCCCUUCCGCACGUCCCGGUUGAGAUCCAGCUUAGAAUUAUGUCAUUCGCUCUGACCAGUCCACUUCCUAUUGUUGAUCCGCUAUGUAAGGCCAGGCCGGAGAACCUGACCGUUCAAGAGAAGUCCAAGUCUAACAGACUUGCUAUUCACUUCCUCGCAACCUGCAAAGCCUAUUACGCUGAGGGCACCAAGUUUUUAUGGACCAAUAACUCCUUUGUUUUUACUAGUCCGGAGUCCCUUAGAAACUUCGCCGAGGUCCCUCUUCACUUCCGAGAAAACAUUAAGGAGGUCAACCUGCGCGUUAUUGCAAAGUUCUAUGACGACGAGGAGCGAACACACAAGAUCAGCCGCAACUAUCAUCCCGAUCUUAGAAAGGCUGUCACUCUUACCAUACAUAGACGACCUAAGGAAAAUAGUCUUGCUCGCCGUGGCUUCCGAACUUAUGGUUGGUACCAGCUCACCGACUUCCUCAUGGCCAUGUUACCCCCGUUCGACCCAGCUUCUGUUUCCCAUGCCAAUGGUUCGGCUAUGUCGUAUUCCACUCCGACACCCAAGUUACUGCCAUCUCUCGAGAGAAUUCGCAUCGACUUUGUGAAUUUUGGCGAAGAGAUGUUUAACAAUCCACCCCCCCAACUUCACGAAGUUGCAUCGCAUCAGCUUGGAUGCACCCUGAACGAAGUAGUUCUGACUGGCCUGCCGAGCGAUGAAACCGGCCUCCGAGUUUGUAACGAAAUGGGAGGCCUCUUGAAAGACGAGGGUCUUCUUAUUGACCAUGCACCUACUAUGGUGGCUCUUAAAAACGGCGUCCGUACUCUUGAAUGUGAUACUGAUGAGUGCCAUUACUGUGCCAAGGUUGUUCGGGCGAUGCGUGCAUUUAAGAAUGGCGAACAUCAUCACGACGAUGUACAUGCUCAUUUCUUUGGAGCCGACUUUCCCCCCGCACCUAAAGAUGAAGGCGAGCCACCUUAUUCCUAUUAUCACUCCUGCAGAACCAUCUGGAAGAAGGUACCUGUCAAGCUCGGCGGCGAGGAGCGCAAGUGGGUGCUAUUUGAUAGGAUGAGCGGCCUCCCGUGGGAUGACGUAGAGGAGGACAUAGUAAUGUUUGACUUCCUAAGCGAUGAUGAUGAGACUAUGGCCUGUGAAAAUUGCGGCGAGUCCCAUCCCGGAGCCAUUCCCCCCAUAGAGAUGAUGGAUCUUUACGAUGGCUUUUGAGCAUACACUGCAAGGGCUUAUCACAAUCUUUCUACGAUGAUUACGAACGAUAUGCAUAUGAUACCAGGUUUGCUUUUCUUUCGGCAUUUGCAAGCACGGACGGAAAAGGAAGGGGGGGAGGGAGGGGCAAAUGUACUAAGACGACGUAUAGGUCGGAACCCAUUUUCCAAACGAAGAGUGCCAGAGCACUACCAUGUAAUAUAUGAGCCCAAAGAAACUUUGAGGCCCGAAGAUCCCGAUGCCUGCUUUCUAGGAAUUGACUUCCAUGUGUAAUGCCAAUUUGGCUUUUAGUUAAGAAGAGAAAGAGGCUAAACUUUAGUUAAUCGCAGCUUUCAUGGCAUGCAUUAGGUAGCCUCUCUUAUUUGAGUGUUGUGAGCUUUGAAAGAUAGAACCUGUGCUAGCAGCUGACUUUACAACUAUGGCUCCCGAUCUUCUUGGA